UGCUCUGGGCUCUAUUCCCUUAUAUGAAGACAAAUAUUUUUAGCACUCCAUGUAGACAUUGAACCUGAAGCGUUAGCAGAAACCACGCGUUUCUGCACUGAGCUUUGUGCUCGGCUUCCUUGUGCAAAGCAAGCAAGCUGAUUUCACAGCAUGCUUGCACUGCUUUCAUUUACUUCCCCUAACAGAAAGCCACCAGCUUAAUUCCUACAAUGUCCUCUCUGAGUCUGGAGUGCCAAUACCAUGCCAGGUCAGGAAAGAAGUGUGUUUUUAAAAUGAUCUUUGAAGCGGAGGGCUUGGGAGACAUCUCAGUUCUGCAGUGUAUUGUCACAAAAACAAUAGAUGCAUUUAGUACACCUACACCAUUUUUCAAUGGAGAAAGCUUCAUUGUGCCCUGGAACUAGUUAGGAUUUCGUGGGAAUGUAAGGGAGAACGUGCCUUCUGUUAAUCAGCUAGAGAAAGGGAGUUCUGUCUCAUCUGUGGUUAGAAGGAUGCUUUGCAAGCAGCAGUUCUGUUCAACAGAACUAUAUUCUGCCAAUACAUAAGGCAGUGUAUUUUGCCUUAAAAGAAAGGCCCUGGUUCUUAUAUUGUAGGAGAGAGAGUGUAUCAUAGAAUGGCAGAAUGGCUUGGCUUGGAAGGGACCUUAAAGGUCAUCUCAUUCCAACCCAUGUUGUGGGCUGGUUACCUCGCACCAGCUCAGGCUGCUCAGGACCCCAUCCAGCCUGGCCCUGAGCACUUCCAGGGAUGGAGCAACCACAGCUCUCUGGGUAGCCUGGAUGCAGCACUCUCAGUGCUCAGAACUCAGGAAGUUCUUCUCCCAGUCUGUACUCGGAGCUCUUAUUGCUCUGACCCAACACUUUGCACUUGGCACUGUUGAACCUCAUGAAGCUGUUGUGCAUCCACUUCUCAAGGCUGUGCAGGUCCCUCUGGAUGGCAUCCCUCCCUUCUUAUUGCCUCGACUGCACCACUCAGCUUGGUAUUGCCUGCAAACUUGCUGAGGGUGCACUCGAUCCCAUCGUUUAUGUCAUUGAUAAAGAUGUUGAGGAGCACUGGUACCAAGAUGAGCCCCUGGGGGAUGCCACUCAUGACUGCCCUCCGUCUGGAUACAGAGCCACUGACCACAGCUCUAUGACUGCAACCAUGGUAACUCUUUAUCCACUGACUAGUCCACCCUUCCAACUCAUAUCUCUCCAAUUUAAUUGUGUGGGACUAUGUCAAAAGCCUUGCAGGAGUCCAGGUAGACUUGCUUUUCCUUGGUCAACUGAUGCCAGCACUAAAAAGCCAACAGACAAAUACAGUGUUUUGUGAUUACUUCAACAGGAAUGCUCUAUUCCCAACCCCAUCACAGGUGCUGCCACAAAACGAUCUGUCACUGCCAAUGAGAGCUUCCCCAUUCAGCUCAGAGCUGAAGCUCCCCACUGAGAUCCUGCUUUAGAUGCCCGUCCUGUGAUGCUGCAGAGUGAGGGAAGCUGAAUGCUGAGUGCCAGCCUGGUGUACAGAAGCAUCUCAGUGGUUGGUCUGUGCCAUUAGGUAGGCAAAGAGACCCUGUUAGCAGAAGGGAGUGCUGCUGCAGGAGGUGCCAGCUGUCCCUUGGCACCACGCUGCCUUUUGGAAAGGGUUUUUUGUCCUCUGGAGCGUGUGCAGCUGUAUGGAAACACAAAACUAAAAGCAAAACCAUUCCUUUGAACAGAAAGGGCAGUCAGCUCCAAAGGCAGCUGAGUGAGAACUGCUCUGUAAAAUCAAAACAAGAACUGAACAGGCAAUCCCUCUGCAGCACGAGUGCUUGGCAAUGACAGGAAUGGGGUUACUCAAUCCAAGAGAGCCUUUUUUGCCUUUUUUUUAAAUGUUCUGCUGGUGCAGGCAGGGCUGUGAUGGAUUUGGAGCAAGUGGAAACCUGCUGGUGGACAGAAGUUGGACUUGAUGAUCCAUGAGUCCUUCCAACUUGGGUUAUUCAGUGAUUCUAUGAAAGGAAGAGGCAAGGAGAGCAUAAAUUGUCAUCAAGCUGCAGUGUGACUCCAUUGGGUGGACAACGCAUGUAGGAGAGCUGAAUGCUUCUGUGUUCAGAGGGGAGGGAGAUGGCUAGUCUUUGGAGAUGGGAAGCACUUUCUGAAUCAUAAGAGGCAAGCAUGAAUUGAGAGGGCAUGUGCUGUGUUCAUCCUCAGAAGUAUUUUUCACCUCACACAGGAAAAACAGGUAUUGCCAUUUGCCUGCAGCGAGAAGUUGAGCUGUUCCUUCAGGACUUGUCAUUAAGCACUGAUGGUACAAACAUAAUGAUGGAUUCUGGACUGGAGAUCCCUGCUCAUAAAUCACCUCAAGGGCCUUCUAUCAUUGCAUGAGCAAGUUAAAAAAAUAAUAAAUAAAAAUUGCAAGUCUUAUCUUGCACAGCACCUCUUGGCUGGUGACGAUGGCAGCACGCAGCUGGCCCAGCUAUUUGCUGAUGCAGCCACAGAGCUCCCAUCCUCCCUUUCCCCUGCUAAAACAGCAAAAAUGAUUCCCUUUUUCACACAGCUUGUUUCUGUUUUAUUUCCCUGACCCACAAAGUCAGCACGAGGGAAGUGUGGAUGGGGAUGCAGGGCUCAGCUCUGUGUGGGGACGCAAGGUUUCUCUUGCAGCAAUUAGAACCAGCUCUGAUGAGCUCACAGCCCGCCUUGCUGGUUCAGGAUCAUCCCAAUGUUCUCACUCUGUUAAAUGGAGCAUUCAUUCCAUAGGGUGAAACCCUUUCCUUAAAGAAGGGUGAAACCCAACCAGGGAACACGCCUGUCCCUGGGAGCUGCCGAGUGGAUGGGUGGUGCUGCCCAGGACAAGGUGUUUCUUCCCUGUGAUGAUACAGCUCUCAUUAACCCAGCUGGAAUCUUGCUGUGUGACUGUAAGUGAUGGCUUCUGCAAUAACCAGGUGCAUUAUUUCUAGGGAGGCAUUGCAUCGUGUGAUGGAACUGUGGCUGCACAUCCCCGAAGUUGUGCCACCCUUGGGAUCGGAGCGCAGGGAUUUGCUUGGAGAGCACAGCUCUGCACAAAUGCUCAAGCAUUGCUACAAUCUGUUGUAAUUGCACCUGGAGGAUAAAGUUUUUCACAAAUUGUGUUUGUGUAGAAGUGAGAUUCAAUUCAGAUGUUCUUGCACCCUUCAGUGGUUGCUCAGGCACAUUCUGCACUGCUCAGCUGGAAGCUCUCAUUCAAACCCAGCCAGAACUUCAGAGCCCUGCUAACCCAACAUCAGUGCUGCAGUUGGGCUUGAGCCAUGCUGUGGUGCAGCACUUGCUGCUGUAGCUCUAUUAGAGCUGAUUCCUCCCUCCCUCCCUCCUAAGGAGCACCAUCUUCAUCUGCCAAGCUAAAAAGCCAUCUCAUUCCUGCCUCCUUCUGCAUCGUAGUCAGUUGCCACAGUCAUCUCCUGUAGGGUGAAGUUAGCAGAGCAGGGAGAGAAGGGGAAAGUCCCAUCUCUUGCUUACACGUGUUGUGCAGUGCUCGGUUCCUCUUUCUUUUUUUUGAAUGCUGGGGAUUUUGCUUUCUAAACUCCCAGGAAGUCAUAUUUACAGAGUGCAGUAGAUCUGGGCUUAACGGAACACACAAGGCACUGGGUUUGAUUUAAGCAUAAAACCCCAAACACAAGUAGCAUUUCUGCUAAUAAGCUCCUGGACAUGAAAGGGCAACAAAGCUUUUUGCAGUGAGGUGCAUAGGAGAACAGAAGGAUUCUUGGCUGACCUGGAGAGCAGAGCACCCGCUGCGCCAGCUUGUUUGUCCUGCUGAAACAAAGCUCAAAAGGGAAAACCUUGCUGAAGUAGGAGAAAAAGACAGUUCUGUACAAGCUCAGAUAGGUGUAGACUAGCCUGAGUCAGGUUACUGUGGAAAUUAGGAGAAAAAUAACAACUCUGACCUAAUGAAGAGGAGUCAUCAGAACAAAGAUUGGUGUAAUUUUGCAGUGAGUAAAAUCUUUUCAGCAUCUGCAGUGAGAAGUGGAAUUGGAGAUGCAAGAACCUCUCCUUCUUUCAAACCUCUCUCCAUGAAGGCUUUUAGAGGAUAUAAAUGUGAGCUGGUGCAGCAGAUCCUAUGUAGGCUGAAAGGAGAUGAAGUUCUGGUAAAGGUGGGGGACCAUAAAUUCAGCGCUCACCGGAUCGUGCUGGCAGCUUCCAUCCCCUACUUCCAUGCCAUGUUCACCAAUGACAUGAUGGAGUGCAAGCAGGAUGAAAUUGUCAUGCAGGGGAUGGAUCCCAGCGCACUUGAGGCUCUGAUCAACUUUGCCUACAACGGACACCUGGCGAUUGACCAGCAGAACGUGCAGUCUUUGCUGAUGGGAGCCAGCUUCCUGCAGCUGCAGAACAUCAAGGAUGCCUGCUGCACCUUUCUCAGAGAGAGGCUUCACCCAAAGAACUGCCUGGGCGUGCGGCAGUUUGCAGAGACGAUGAUGUGCGCAGUGCUCUACGAUGCUGCCAACAGCUUCAUUCACCAGCACUUCGUGGAGGUAUCCAUGUCUGAGGAGUUUCUGGCACUGCCUUUUGAGGAUGUCCUGGAGCUCGUUUCUCGGGAUGAGCUCAACGUGAAGUCUGAAGAGCAGGUGUUUGAAGCUGCACUAGCAUGGAUACGUUAUGAACGAGACCAGAGAGAGCUGUUCCUGCCUGAACUCCUCUCCAAAAUCCGCCUGCCCCUUUGUCGGCCUCAGUUUCUCACUGAUAGAGUGCAACAAGACGACCUGGUGCGCUGCUGCCACAAAUGCAGAGAUCUAGUGGAUGAAGCAAAAGAUUAUCACCUCAUGCCAGAGCGUCGACCACACCUCCCAGCAUUCAAGACCCGUCCUCGGUGCUGUACAUCGAUUGCAGGACUGAUUUAUGCUGUUGGAGGACUUAACUCAGCAGCAAAUUUUUAUGCAGGUGACUCUCUGAACGUGGUGGAAGUCUUUGACCCCAUUGCCAACCGCUGGGAGAAGUGCCAGCCGAUGACGACGGCACGGAGCCGUGUUGGUGUGGCCGUGGUGAAUGGGCUGCUCUACGCCAUCGGGGGGUACGACGGGCAGCUGAGGCUGAGCACUGUGGAGGUGUACAACCCUGAGAUGGAUUCCUGGUCCAAAGUGGAAAGCAUGAACAGCAAAAGAAGUGCGAUGGGAACGGUGGUGCUGGAUGGGCAGAUCUACGUUUGUGGCGGAUAUGAUGGAAACUCCUCGCUCAACUCCGUGGAAUCCUAUUCUCCAGAAACAAACAAGUGGACAGUGGUGACCCCCAUGAGCUCCAACCGCAGCGCUGCUGGUGUCACUGUGUUUGAGGGCAGGAUCUAUGUGUCGGGAGGGCACGACGGCCUGCAGAUCUUCAACAGUGUGGAGUACUACAACCAACACACGGCCACCUGGCACCCUGUGGCCAGCAUGCUCAACAAGCGCUGCCGUCACGGAGCAGCCUCACUGGGAAGCAAGAUGUUUGUCUGCGGGGGUUACGACGGCUCUGCCUUCCUCAGCAUGGCUGAAGUGUACAGCUCUGUGGCAGAUCAGUGGUAUCUGAUUGUCCCCAUGAACACCCGGCGGAGCCGAGUGUCCCUGGUUGCAAACUGUGGCCGCCUCUACGCCGUUGGGGGUUAUGAUGGACAGUCCAACCUCAGCUCGGUUGAGAUGUACGACCCGGAGACCAACCGUUGGACGUUCAUGGCCCCGAUGGUCUGCCACGAGGGGGGGGUCGGUGUGGGCUGCAUCCCUCUGCUGACCAUCUGAGGAGGCAGCAGUGAGGAGCUGUCUUGUAAGCGACAAUCGUGGGAGAGCUCCAGCCGGCGUUUCCCGCUCUGAUAGCCAGAGAGAUCCAUCUCCAGGUGCUCAAACACACACAAAACUUGACACGACCACCCCCACCCUUGGCUCUUGGGCUGAGGCUCCAGAAGGAUCAACGUUUUUUGAACUACAGUGCGAGUGUGAAUGUGCUGCUAUGAGCAAGGAGCUGCCCUCCUCCUGCUUUUGCCUCUGCACAGCCCCACAGCUGAGCAAAUCCUUCCUCUCCCCAACAGCACUGAGCCAUGUUGGCUAUGCUUUGGCCAAUGCUGGGAAGUGUUGUUGUGGGUUGGGAGGGAACAUUCCUAAUUGCGACACAGAACGGUUGCUUCCAUGACUUGAAGAUCACCUGUACACCUGUCAGCAGCAAGGACCCCAGUAUCCCAAGAGUUUGAUCAGCAGUGGUUUUUUUGGGUUGUUUCAGCUUAAUGCUGGCCACGUUGAGAUCUUACCCAGUCUACCAAAGCAGGCAGAACCUACCAAUGUAGGCCCAUAAGUCAUAUCCAGGCUCUGCAAGUUCGGGUGCUUCUUGCACAAGUCACUGCUGGCUUCUCCAAAUGCUUUCUUCAGCUUAGAUGGGGAAAAUUUCUCCACAAGAGCCACACGAUGGAGAAACUGGGAGGAGAAAAAGUCAGUUAAACCAUCGGAGCGUUUUAGCAAACAUUGGAGGAAGAAUGCCAAAGGUCAACCACACUAAGCAACAGCCUUGGGAUUUCAACAGAGGAGGCAAACCAAGGUGUUAAUUAUCAGGAUACCCCUUAAUGGUCAAUAGAUGUCACCAAAAAUAAGCUUUGGCUUUUCUACGUUGGUAUGUAAGAGGCAGCUGAUACAGAGUGGCCAGGAUCUUUAAGGAGGAGAGGGAUCACUGCCUCUGUUUCUAACAGCACUGGAGAUCUGUGGCUGUGUUGGGGCAGCUGCAAUUCAGCUCUGGGGAGCAGAGAAAUCUGCAGCAGCAUCCCUGCAAGGCACUGGUGGGAAACCACACUUCCCCAGCGUGUGUGAGAUCAACGUCUUGGGGUUUUUGUGCUGGGAAAGGUCUUGGCAAUGUGCUUAUUUCAUGGCAGCCACGCAAGGAAACUUCCUGUGGCCAAACUGUGGCAGGGCUGCAGGUGCUGCCCCAUGUCCCUGCUUGUCCCGUUGGGCUCAGCACCACUUCCAGCCCUUCCUUUGCUAUUUUCAACCCUACCCACUGCAGCCAAAGGGAGCUGCUGCUGCUGGCUUGGUCCUCCCCAGAACCAAACCCACCAAGCACCACUUGCCUGCAUCAGCCCUCCAGCAUUCCCCUGCAUGAAUGUGAAUGGUGAGAGCCACAGCUCCCUGCCCACCAGCACAGCCACAGGGCAGGGAGCCCCUCAACACUACGCCCACUGCAGGCAGCGGGGGGCUCAAUGCUGCCCUGUGUUUCCAGGAGCUUUGGUGUCCCCCCACCCAAACCCAUGCUUCUCCUUCAUAGCUGACUCCCAGCUCGGGAUUUUAACUUUGGGUGUAUAUGUGGAUGUCUAUAUAUUCAGGUACUGUGUAUAUUUUAGCUAUAUAUAAUGAGCAUAUCUGGCUAUAAAUGUGGUUUGUCAGUAUGUAUUUCCUCUGUGUACAUACAUCAGUGGAUGGGUUCACUUGGUGAAUUCAUUGUGAGGUUUCCGUGCUGCUAAGACACUUUAAAAAGGAAAAACAAAACAAAACACGAGUAUUGCAAUGGAAAUGAA